AUGGAUAAACGAGCGUUGGAGAGUGACCGUCGGCCACGAGAGACGCCAUCGAAGUCACCUCACACUGUCGUUCCAUUACCGAGUUGUAAACCGCCACGUAUCACCGCCAAGCAAUCGUUCGCUUCCGCCUCACCGCCAGUUGCGUCCUGCCAUCGUAUCACCGCCAAGGCAUCGUUCGCUUCCGCCUCACCGCCAAGCUACGUCCCGCUACCGCAUCCCGCCAGUAGCCGCCUUCCGCUAUCGCCUCAUCGCCAAGUUGCGUCCCGCAAUCGCAUAACCACCAAGCACCUGAAUGUUAAAACGAACUCAAAAUUGCUUACGUUCGGGAGAAGCACGGCUCUUCUGCAAGGUCCUCCUCGUCCUCAGAAGAAGACCUCAAUGAACGACGAGCAACGGUACCGAGCACGAGCAGCAGCACGAGCCACCAUCAUCCCCACCAGAAUCAGCCAAACCAGCGUCCGCAUCGCUCCUCGAAUCACCCGUCCCCGAAGCGUCUGCGCCCCUCAUCCUCGUCCCACCCCUCACCAUCGGCAUCCUCGUCAUCAUCUUCCGCCGCUGUAG